AGGACAAACCUGCCCAGUUUCAAGUCAAAGUCAUCAAUCUGAGUGCGGCCGCAACUCCUACUCGACCGCAAAGUGGUGCUCAUAACAUGUGUGAAAUUGACACCACAUAUGCCAUCGGCUAGCCGGCGCUGGCGGCGGAAACAAAAGCAAUUUUACGCUACAUUUGCUUAAUGAUACAGCCCUCGGUACAGAAAGGCAGAUGUUGCCCGCCACUUUUUGGGGCUGUAAAAAGAAGAGCUGCAACAACACGCCGAGCAUUGGAAAUAAAAAGUCAGAUAUGUAUUCUCAUCGAUCUUAACGACAUGAGUUGCCUGCGAAUAUAUUCGACAAGGCGAUAGCCUAGAUCUUCUGCAAUGGGUUAUGAACUAGUUCCGCCAAAUUCCAUAGGAUUAUAGCCAUCCUUGCAUCAAUUGCUUUCCUCUAGAAAUUGAAUUUGAAAACAAUUUUGGAAUGCUUUUAACGACAUGAAAUAGAAUUCAGAGUUCGUAGUUCGUACAGGAUUUCUAAAAAUUGCCGUUUUUUAUUUAUUUUUGUUUUGUUUUGGCCCACUACGACACUCAAAAUUUAUUUAGCAAAAUGAGCAGCCGUUGGCAGCAAUGGGUGGAUCGUAAUGCGAGGCCCAAGAACAUAUUUAUAGCUCCAUCCGCGCGUCUGCCACCGACUCGCUGGCAGAAGCCGGGGCCAAUGAAUCGACAGCAAUGGAUUCAUUUUUACCAAUGGGCCAAGAAGAAUGCGCGUCCGCCACCAGCUAAUAGAGCUGAGAUCGCGCGAAAGCAAAUGCAGACACCGACACAGAUACAGCAGCCAAAACAGAGCCCGUUUGAUCCGUACUCGCCACUGAUUUACAUGUACAUCGCAUCCGAAGUGCAUGCCAAUAGGCAGAAGCAGAAGAGCUUACAGCAACAUUUUGAGGUGCUCAGUCAGCCCAAAUACAAGCGCGAAAAGUAUGUGAAGCCACCCAAGCGGGAGCAUCCGUAUCGGCCGCAGCUCUGCAACCGCCCACCGCCCAGACCCGAGCGCGGGCGACCAGUGGCGAAGCCCAAAGUGCCGUGCUGCUUCCAGCACGAGAAUCUGAGACUUGAUUUCUGGUCGAAAAUCGAUUACAAAAUCUCGCCAAAUGCCCUUAAGGCCAAGGCCUCCAAGAAAGUCGUGGAGCUGGCCAAGCCGCGCACGUAUCCACCCAAACCCCACUGUCCGCUGCCGGCGAGCGCGAAAGAGCCUGCGCCCAAGCGCACGAAGAUGUCUGCGAGGCAGUGGCGCGAGCACCGCAUACGCCUCAACAGCCUGUCCUUGCCAAAUCCCCGUGUCCUGGAGGAGCUGGGCAACAGAUGUAACUGUACACACUUUCAAUGUCUAUGUAAAUUGUGUGGCUGCAUGAUGCGCGAGCCAAGGUAAACCGAUUUGAGAGCGCAAUGAACUACAACGUGUAAUGUUCAAUGCUCUAUCAAAUCGCUUUUCCAUGGACUGCUGCAUAUUUGCAGCCAUUUCGCUAAAAUUCAAUGUAUAAAUUCAACCAACUUUUUAAAUUUGAGUAAAUAU